UUUCAGUAUAGGUAUUGAAUAAUGUCGAACUCGCAUAGUUUAGAUGUGCCGAAGCUCAACACGCUCAGUGAAUUUCAUACCUUGAUGGAAAUCGAUAAAACAUAAUGUAAUUUUUAUUAUAUUUUCAAUAGUUUUUUUUUAAAAUCUACCUAAUGAGGUAUUUAAUAAUCAUAAGGACAAGCUGUUAAAAGCAUCAGGAACGAUUCGUGUUCCAAUUUAAACAGUUAGGUAUGUGAAUUAUCAUCUUCUCAGUUCAAGUUCGCGAAUGCAGCAUCCAAGUUCAAUAAUUCACGGAUCACAGCGAUGUUUCUUUAGUUUUUGAAAAAUCAUCUCAGGAGUACUAGGUACCUACAGAUUGAAGAGAGCCUCUUAUCGACGUCAGACUGCCAUGACCUUGGUUACCACAUUGAUCUGCCUCCUACUUUACACAUUGCCAACACGCAGCGACACGAUAACCCGAUUAAACGGACCUCGAGUCGUCGUACCUCGUAAUAUUUCCACCGCACACACUCGAAUAAGCAGUUACAAACGACUUCUUUUACACAGCGAAGCGUUCAUAGAUAAAUCGCUGCUAAUAAAAGAAAUCCUAUCGUAUCCCCAAAAGCUGAUAAUGAUAAACUGUCCUCAAUCAUGGGGCAAGUCGAUAAACCUGGACAUGAUGAAGAAUUUUUUCGAAAUCGAGGUCGACAGAUACGGGCGCGAACUGAUUCCACGAAGCAAUUCCUACAACAAUAUGCUUUUCGCCAAAGGAGCCGUUCGUAUCAGGAUGGAACAAGCCGAUCUUCGGUAUCCUUUACUGAUUUCGUACGAGAGCGAUAUCAUGAAAAUGUAUCAAGGCAGGCAUCCGGUGAUACUGAUCAAUUUCCAUGGUAUCAACGCCGAUUCUUAUAUUAAAAUAAUGGACUUGAUCAGAGAACGUGUCAGUAUCGCUUUUCAACGCCAUCAUUACAUGGUGGAUGCCCUCUUCGACGAUAUCGAUCGUACGUUGCUGGAACAAAGGGACAAAGAGUUAUUCCGCAAAUACAUGAGUCACGAAACGUUGAGCACAAAGGAUAUCGCCAUCAGUAUCCGGUUUUUGAGCAGGGUGCUUUACGAGCACUUCGGCAGAACUGUUUUUGUACUGAUGGACGAAUACGACGUCCUGUUGGAUUUAUCACUUCAUAGGAAUUUCAUCGUACCGGGAGAUAAUCACAGGAUCAUCAAGUUACUGACUUUGAUGCUCGGUUCGACCAUACAGAACAACGAAGCUAUCGAAAAAGUCAUCUUGACCGGUGUCUUGCCCAUUUCCCAACGUCACCUACCCAUAGAUACAAACGAGACGUUGCACAGUCAAGCUUUCAUGAACCAUUUCUAUCGUUUCUACGGGUACACCGAAGAUGAGGUUAAUAUGUUAUUCCAGCAUCAUGAUAUCCCACCCGAGCUGGCCCAACAAGCUCACGGGUAUUAUAAAGGCUACAAGAUGUUUAAAAAUGCCACGGUACUCAUCUAUAAUCCUUGGUCGAUUAAUCAGUUCGUCAAGAAACGAAAAAUUAGCAAUUACUGGCAAACCGAUGCUUUGACGUAUUGCCUCAAACCGUUAUUUAGGUUACGCAGCAUCAGGGUGUUGUUCGAGUCUUUGUAUUUGGGCAAUUACGAACGUUUCCGGUUCACGAGCAAAAUUCAUUCCAAUAAUUUGAACAAUAUCAGGCAACUGAUAUACAGCGAUAGUGAACCUCCAGUCGACGGGCACAAGUUAAGCUUAUUGCUGACUUAUCUACGUGAUCUGGGGUACUUGACGAAUGUAGAUUACACUUAUAACAGUCAAGGUCUGGCAAUCAAUACGAAAAUCCGUAUCCCCAAUCGAGAAGUAGCCGAGGAUGUGGUAGCUGUCUUGAGAAACUAUUACCAUCGUACGGAUAACAUCUCCUUUAAAAUGAUCGAAGAAGUAGGUAGACGAUUGAACGCUUUCAUCGAAGCUUCCGCAAACAUAACCUCGCAAUCAUUCGCACGUCACUUCGAAGCUUGUAUAAAAGAUAUCGAAAUAUACACAUUGGCUAGCCACUCUUCGACUAAAGUUUCGCCAAAUGGACUCAUUCUGCAGUCUAUCAGAAGCUACCUAGCUAUAAAAAUGCACUCGGUGUAUAAAUUUGCGGCUAAAACGUUUACAAAAGCUGCCACAAAUGCUGAUAUAGUCCUAUACAAAGGCGACCUCGGCGUGGUUAUUAAACUCCUGUAUGGUUCUCGUGUGCCUGCGCAUGCUUUGAAUGAUGCCAAAAAGCAAUUGUAUAUUUUCAAUUCUCAGCCAUUUAUAAAACGAGUCAGAUUGAUUGGAAUUUCAGUCUCGGCCAAUAAAAGUGUAUCGGUUAUGGCUGAAAAUGUCCAGUUGCCUGAUCAUCGAACCUAUCCUACUGCGGGAUAUCCUACCUAUCAGAUAAAAACUAGCACACCUAUACCUCCUUAUACGACUCACAUCAGCACUGAAUACAUACCUGCGUCAUUCACCGACGAAUAUAAUAUCGAAUAUCCAUCUUUUAAAUGAAAGUAAAUUAAAUUCUAUUAAGUCGCCUGUAGUAUUUUAUGGUAUGACACAAUGUUUUAAUUGUAAUAAAGUAACGCGUAUCGCGACUCAUUUCUAUUUCUUCUCA